CUGUCUCUUUAAGAGAGAAAUCAUUUAGAGUGAGAAGUACAGAUCCAUAUAGCUGAGAUAAAUCUGCAUGGAGCAACUUAAUAGCCACCAGCUGUGGGUUUAUGUCACCCUUUUGAUUCUCAUCAGUUAAAAUAUUGUCAUUGAGAAAAUGAAGAUGGCGCUUAAAGAAGCUUGAAAAGUCUCAAAUGAGAGUCCCGUCCCCCCUUGAAGGCCGUUUUCGGACAGUUUUCCUGGUCGCUGCUUCACAUUACUGUUUUAAAGGAAGGAUGAAGAGAUUUGUUCACUGAUGUCAGGACUUGGAGAGAACGAAGUUUGGCUCGGAGACCGCAGCGCCAAGGAGGAGCUCAAAAAAGUUGAUUUUACAUAAUACUCCUCCUUCAAUGCAUAGGUAGAAUUCAUUAAAAAACUGUUUUGCUAAAUUAUCUAUGAGGCCCACAACAACCGACUGCUCUGCCAUGUCUCCUAUAAGUUCAAAGAGCUGAACUACAACUGUGGUCAAAGGAAACUCUUGCACAACAGUCCUGCUGUUGACAAAAGAUAAGUUCUGGGUACUGAAAGCUGUGCUGACUGAGUGGGACUGUGUGCAGGAUUUUACAGGCGUAAUGUGAGUAAAAACGUGAUUCUUUUCAUCAAACCAUAAAUUUAAGUUAAACGUAACAGUAAAAACUGCAGAACCAUGUCACAUUAUUUAUAAGUGAACAUGAGCGAAUUCAGGCUGCAGCAACUGAAGAGUCACAUUGUGUCCGAAAGACGGAUCACAACUAUGUCCGGCUCACCCAGUCCUCUGACCACCCAUGUGCUGAACACAGCACUGGGGGUCCCAGGAUCAAACAUGACCAUCAGACUUUACCAACAAGACCGUUCAGCCAAUGUCUGGCAUCUGCUAACCGCUGGGACAACUAACAGUGAUGGGCGAUGUCCAGGACUGAUCACACAGCAGCAGUUUGUGCCUGCUGUCUACAAGUUGCACUUCGAGACCGGUCAGUACUGGGCCAGUCUGGGACAGAACUCCUUUUAUCCCUAUGUGGAGAUUGUUUUCACUAUAACUGAUCCAGACCAGACGUAUCAUGUGCCGCUGCUUGUGAGUCGUUUCUCCUUCAGCACAUAUAGGGGGAGCUAGAGAGCAUCUGUCGUUAACCUCUUCCAUCAACUUAUCGCUAUCUGACUGAAAAAAAAGCACUGGCAACUCCACUAAUGACGCUCUUGGCAGCACUAAUGGCGAAAGAUGUAUUUGUUUAUUUUCCUUGAAGAAAUUAGCACUACAACAUUAAAAUAAAUGGUUAUAUGUACUACCACAAAACUAUGCUGUAGUCUUACUGGUGCAAACAGUAUGAGUUCUGUUAAUGUUAAACUUUGGCAUUUAUUCUACUGUUUUUAUAAUUAGCUUGCAAUAAAGUGAUUAUUAAAAGUGUUAAUUAAUCACAAUGAAUAAUGUCACAUUAUAUAAAUUAUGCCCAAUGUAUAUAAUUAUCCGUAUAAAUUAUGCAGAAUUUAUACAAUGUAACAUAUAGUAACAUGUUUACUUUAAUAGAUUUCUUCACAAUGAAAAUGCCUUGUUGUCAUUUUUUCUUUAGUGUUGUGCAUUUAAAAAAAUAAAACAAACGUUGUUUUUCUUUCAGCAUUUAAAGUCACACUGCAAGCAUU